AUGUCCACCCCUACAACUCGGCACUCCCUGCGACAGGGCCUGCGCCAGGCGCCCAAAGUCAACCAGCCCUUCACCCCAGACACCGGACGCGAGCGACGUUCCCACACCCAGCAAGGCUUCACAUCUCCUCAACCUCCAACCGGCUCCCAUGUGACCCUCAGCUCUGCUGCACAACACCAGCCGGGUACGCAUUUCGGUGUCGAAACCUGGGAGGGAAAGGAACAAAUUCCACUACCGAUGUCCACGCGGGAAGUCGCAACGCCGGGGAACCGCCCUGUGCUGUAUGCCAACCUCAACCGAAAACAAGUGAAACAGCCCGAUUUCUAUGACCCUUAUUUUCCUCUCCGGUAUCUUGAAGUACCAAGGACUGAUCACAUCUACAAGCGUGCCCAUUAUGGCCUGCAAUCUGGCAUACCCGACGAAAUCGACUUUGCCUUGUACCAUCUGGUCCAGAUUUCUAACCAACGAUGGGACAAAUUCAAGUUUGAAGGAUUUCCUUUGCUGGCGGAAACCCUGAUGGAGAAGGCGUUGGACGUCACUCGGAUCUGCACUGGAGUAAAGUGGGAACUCCAGUACGAUCCUCGGCAGCCCAUCGAUAGGGUUAACGUGCUAAAUUCACUACACGGAACGCGCAACAUCCUCGACAAGAUUCAAAAAAUCCCCAUGAACUUGCCAUACGACAGUCUUGAAACGUACGAGCUCAGCCAUGAACUUCGAAAUGUUAAAGAGGCCGUUUUGGUGAUGCGUAACAUGGUGUUGCUGAAAGAGAAUGCUUGGUACGUCUCGCGCUACGCGAAGGGGCUUCUGAGGGAUUUCCUGGUCGUCUUGAUCAAUCUACCGAAUCAGCCUCGCCUGAAUGAAAUCAGAAACGAUGCUCUCGAUAUUGCCGAAGAGUGCACCAAAUUCAUGCGGACGGACGUUGAAGAUCCCCUGUGGGUCUCCCUGGUCAAUUGCCUCGACUCAUCAGAUCGUGCGCAUGUCGUGCGAGCUCUCUGGGCAUUGACACACUUCUCUACCGAGAUGGAUGAAGGUGACGGAAACCGGGCCAUGGAACGCAUAUCCAAACAGACUCUACAGCAACUGUACUACCACACGCUACUGGACCUCGACAAGGACGUCCUGAGUGGUGCACUUGAUUUUUGGUAUCAAUACACACUCAGCCCGGAUAACAUUGAAAAAUUGAUGGACAUUAUCAACUUUCCGGUGGUUUUUGUGCCUCGCAUGGUCGCACUGCUCACCUACGAAUCGCGGCCUACCAAAAAGGAAACCGUUCUCCAAGAAGAAAAAGUCGCGCCCGCUCCGUCAGAAAUCCCGCGUGUGCCUGCAGAGCUUCUGAAGGACCUGAUGGACCUUUCUGAGCCCGAGCGCAGCUCUCAAUGGCUUCGUUGCUGCUUCAUUGAAGACACAGAGUGUGAGAUCACGCAGAUUGCAUUGUGGCAGGCCUACCAGAGCCGGUUCGCUGAUCCUCGUGUUCCUGGAGGAGGCGUUCUUCCUGCUGCCGAGUUUAUCAAGAACGUCAGCAAUACGUUCACAAACGCCCAAGCUCAAGUCAUCAAUGGCCCGGGAACGGCCACUAAGUUCAUCAUCAAGGGUAUCCGACCUUUGGAGACUGCUUAUACGUUUGAAGGGUUCCCAUACCUGUACUGCAAGUGGGCCGACAACUCGAGUCCCUCCAAAAUGUGCCAGCAGGCUUUCGCAUCUCCUACCGACCUCCGGAACCACGUCUUCGCCGAUCAUAUGAACCUAGAGGCUGCUGAGGAGCCAGGCCAGUACAAACUGGAUGCCGCAGAAAGGCCCAUUCACACCUGUCAAUGGGAUAAUUGCAAUCGAUUCCGGGUGUCUGGACCAAGCACUAACACCGCAAUGGUCGCUGGCCACGUCUCCUCCCACCUCCCCGAAGACCGCCCUGCCGACGCACGGCCCCCCAGUUCCAAACGCGCCGUUCUCCAAGAACGUAUCGUCCGCAAGUGGUAUUACAUGGAUACCCCCGUCAACGAGAAAGGCGAGCCCUUCGGCAUCGCCUACAAGGCUGCGUUGGUACUGCGGAACAUUGCGCGCGGGAUUCCUGAUCGCAUGGCUUCGCAGUACGGCCUUCCCUGGAAGAAGGCAGUAUUCCUAAGCCAGCGUACCAAGAUCGUCGAGUCCUGGGACCGCAAUCGCGCUCUGCGGAAGGAACUCACUGAGUUGAUGAUGGUGGUCGAACGAGAAGAUGAUUACUGA